CUCUGCUCCUCCUAUCGAUCACCUCCACACAAAGCCAAAUUCAUUCUCCCCCGGCCCUCUCCUCUCCUCCCCCCACCCCACCACCAACUACACCACCCACGCACAAGAGAGAAGCUCAGCUCAGCUUGCACCAGCCGCUGCCUGCCGCGUGCGCGUGCAUGCAGUGGAUGGCGCAGGAGGGCUCCGAGGCCUCCGUCGCCAGCUCGCCGCCGCCGCCUCCCCCGCCGUCGGCCUCCGCGUCCACAUCCUCCGCGGCGGUGUCCUCCUGGUGGAGAGACAUGCACCCGGCCUCCUACGCCUCCUGGCCGCCCCCGCCGGCCGUGGCAACACGGUGGCCCUCGCUGGCAGCCACGCAGCACCAGCACCACGGCCGGACGACGUCCUCCGGCGCCGACGACGACCUCUCGGCCUCCAACGCCACCAUGACGUCCUUCACCAACACCUCCACCAACCACUCCGGCCUCAGCAUGGACUCCUCCGUCCCCGAAGCGGCCGCCGUCGCCGCCGAGAGCCACCUCUGGAACCAAGUCCUCAUGGGCGCCGGCGGCGAGGUCGGGAGGAGCAUGCAGGCCGUGCACGACGCCCAUGACGACAGUGAGAACUUCCUCGAGCUGCUCAACUCGAGGACGCUCGCGCCGGAGCUCUUCGCUGAGCCACCGGCCUGCGACUACCUCAAGAAGAUGGAGUACGGCAGCAGCCACGCCGGCGGCGGCGGUUGGCCGGACCACCACUUCACGGAGGCCGCGCUGGAGAAGCACCUGAGAUCGGGGUACGGCGGCGCGCUCGCGCACCAGCACCAGCACCACCACCACCACCACGCGGCAUCGGCCGCAACACCAGAGCGGCUCACGGCGAACCUGUCGGACCUGGUGAGCAACUGGUCCAUCGCACCGCCCAACCCGUGCCUCGCCGACGCCCAACACCUUGCCGGCGCCGGCGCGCCAUGCGAUAACGCCGCGGUUGCCGCCAUGGGCCACGGCGCCAAGGCCGGCUUAUUCCUGGACUCCGGCGGCGUCUGCAAGCACGAGAUGGGCGGCCACGGAGCGAUGCUGCAGGAAGCAGGCGGGGGCAGCAGCACCGGCGGCCAAGAAUUUCUCCGGCCUAAUUGUCUAGGGUACAACUCCAUGCUCGGGCUAAGCAGCAACAGGAUGUACGGCGCCGGCGCCGGCGCCAUGGACAUGGCGUGGGGGAACAAUGCCAGCGCGGGGAGGAGCCUGUCCGACCUGGUAUCGUUCGGCGGGGCGCUGGGAAAGCCGGAGCCGGCUACCGGGCCGACGAAGACGCCAGCGGAGUACAAGAAGCAAGGGCAGGAGAUCUCGUCUCCGGCUACGAAUAGUGGCGGCGGCAGCAAGGGGAGCUCGGCGGCGAGUGAGGGGAAGAAGAAGAGAUCGGAGGAGCGGCAGGGGUCGGAGGGGAACGCCAAAAAGUCCAAGAACGAGGCCUCCUCGCCCACGUCGUCGCUCAAGUCAUCGCAGUCGCAGAUGCCAAAAGUGAAGUUAGGAGACAAGAUCACUGCACUACAACAGAUCGUUUCACCAUUUGGAAAGACCGAUACGGCAUCAGUUCUGUAUGAGGCGAUAAAUUACAUCAAGUGGUUGCAUGAGCAAGUUCAGUUGCUGAGUGAUCCAUACAUGAAGACAAGCAGUAGCAAGGAGUACAAUACGUGGGGAGGAUUGGAUAGGAAGGAGAAAUCAGAGACAGAGAUCGACCUGAGGAGUAGAGGCCUGUGCUUGGUACCGGUCUCGUGCACACCUCAAAUGUACAGAGAUAACAACGGCCUGGAUUACUGGACGCCACCAUAUAGAAGCUGCUUAUACCGAUGAAUUGAUUAAUUAUUGCUGUUAUUCGAUUAGUUACCUUACCGAGUGGUAAUAAUUUGUGGUGAAUAUAUAUUGUUAAAGAAGACACAAUCACAAUUAGCUGCAUAAGUUUAGGGUUUAAUUUGUGAACCACAAGUUAAUUUAAAUUAAACCCCCGAUGUAUCUGGUUUGUUAACUAGAUGGUGUGUUUAUCUCAAAGAUCAAUUUGAUCGGCACUGAUAGUGCUGUGGUAUUAAUUCUUUUUAAUUUGCUCCGUCUGAGAGAUAUCUGAUCAA